AUGGAACUUAAAAGAGAACGUGAGGAAUACAAAAGGCAAUAUAGAUCCUAUAGUCGAGCUCCACCUGAAAUCCGCAAAGAAUGUGAACAACUCCGUCGGCAGAUUGAUUCUUUACAGAAACAACGUGAUCGAGCUAUCAAGACAGAGUUCCGGCGAGAUUAUUUCGAUCGUAUCCAUAAUGAAGAGUUAGAGAGGCAACUCAAAAAGGUCCCUACAAACGAAUAUGUUGAACCUGUCGUCCAUCACCAGCUUCCAGAAUGA